AUGCUAAAGCUGAGCAACUUACUGGACUCCAAGAGACCUUCUUACGGUGCAGAGGCAGACAUCGAUUCUUCUCAAGCGUAUCCUUCGCCGCAAUCUUCGUUGUCCGUCACCACAUCUGCGCCGGUGUCACCGGCUGUCUCUCUCUUCUCUGCCAAAGGCCACACCAAAUUCUCCAGCUCGGUGUCCUCAUCAAUCUCGUCCCCGGCCAUGGGCAUGUCCAUGGAGAGUUCCGGCUCUAUAUCCGGCUCCAUGAAAACGCCAUUGACAGACCUUCAAGAAGAGCCUAUCGAGCGCGAAAGCCGGGAGCUUGAAGAUGAUUAUUUCAAACACUUCGACGACUAUCUAUCAACUACUCACACGGAGGAGAUCUCUACGAUUGAUCCGGACGAAUAUGAUCUGACGGACACAGCGUCACAUGUUCCCCAUUCCCCGAAGAAGCGCCGCGCAGAGAGCAUGUCUCCCAAGGGUCUCUCGCGUAGCAUCAGCACGCGCCUCUCGACCAUCUCUGCCCGUUUCAAAGGAAGACAAGGUUCUGAUGGCACCGUCUCGGAGGACUUGUUCGGUGACAAGAUUCUCUCGCGAGAAAAUUCGGCCGCAUCAUCCAUCUUCAGCCCAGCAAUCAGUCCCGGAACGAGAAUCGAUGCCCAAAACCCUCCCUCCCCUGCCAGGACGUAUUUUGAGGAGCGAUUGAGCCAAUCGAGUGUCCAGCCGAUAGAUAUCGGAAAGGCGAACUGCCAGAACAUUGACGAAAGCGAACCCCAAGCGACCACUCCUCUUCUCCCGCCCUUCAUGGGCAGCUGCCCUCCACACCACCAAGAUUCCUCGGCUAUCCAUUCGCCUUUGCAGUCGCCGUCGGUCGCAGACGUGACGGAGGAGUCGACAAUGAGUCCAAUUCUGGAUUCACGGCUGGCGAGUCUACCUUCUCCACCACUGUCGAGCAAGCCUUCUAUGGUGUCCAUUAGUAGACCACGAACGAACACGAUGCGGACCGUGUCAGGGGAUCUGAUCAUGGCGGAUCCGAAUGACGAGUGGGCGCAUAAGCUAGGACAUGCUAACUUCACUGUCCAGCCUGAGCCCUAUAUCCCGGAGAUUUGCGACCUGGAAUCUUUCCAGCAACUUCGGGCGGACUGGGAAGUUGCACGAUGCAACUACGCAAAGCACCUGGUGCGUACCGGCGAACAUUACGGAGUCACCUCCAAGAUCUACAAACUCACGGAGGAGAAGUGGGAAUCUAUCGAUCGUGAAUGGAAACAUAACCAUGAGGCAGUGCUGGCCGAACUGGAUUCCCACGGCGGCGCAGGUCUGGGUCUGACGAUGUCCAAUCUGCAUCCGUGUGAAACUGUCAAGAUUCCGCGUCUCCACGAUAAUGAGAAGUUCCCGGAAUUGGGCGAUGAGGAGAUUGUUGGACCGAUGACCGUGGCUCCUGCUGUGCGCAGCCCAUCACCUCCACGAGCGAGGUCACAACGAAAACGCUCGUUCUUCAAAUUCCUCCAGGAUCUUGUCGCAAAGUCCUACCCUUCUGCUGUCGCCGCCACCCGGUCAUAA